AUGGCAUUUAUCUGGGCGGACACGGGACGAGAGGGAACGGAGCAAGACAUCCGUGUCUCCCAACUCCUCAGGAGCAAUAACAUCCGUUCGCUUUAUGCCGUGCGGGUGCAGAACACACAGAAGUUCGUUCCAGGGCAUGGAGCAGUCAAGAACGAGGACACCUUCAAGACCUCCCCCUUUCAUUUUGAUCUGUGGUUCUACUUCACUCUGCAGAACUGGGUGCUGGACUUCGGGCGUCCCAUUGCCAUGAUAAUCCUACCUUUGGAGUGGUUUCCUCUAAACAAACCGAGUGCUGGAGAUUACUUCCACAUGGCUUACAAUGUUAUCACACCAUUUCUCCUGCUAAAGCUCAUCGAGAGAUCCCCCAAGACCUUACCGAGAUCAAUGGUCUACGUCAGCAUCAUCAUGUUUGUCAUGGGCGCCAGCAUCCACCUGGUUGGAGACUCUGUAAACCAUCGCCUGAUUUUCAGUGGCUACCAGCACCAUCUGUCUGUAAGAGAGAAUCCCAUCAUCAAGAACCUGAAGCCGGAGACACUGAUUGAUUCCUUUGAGCUGCUGUACUACUACGAUGAAUAUUUAGGUCAUUCAAUGUGGUACAUCCCUUUUUUCCUGAUACUCUUCAUAUACUUCACGGGCUGCUUCACCCCCAUUGAGGAGGAGAGCAGGAUGCCAGUGGCUGCUUUGCUUCUGAUGGGGCCCAGCAGCCUUUAUUACUGGUAUCUCGUGACGGAAGGUCAGAUUUUCAUCCUCUACAUUUUCACUUUCUUUGCCAUGAUGGCUUUAGUGAUGCACCAGAAACGCAAAGGACUCGUCCUGGACAGCAAUGGGCUUUUUCUCUUCUACUCCUUCAUCAUAACACUGGUCCUCAUUGCUGUUUGGGUGGUGUGGCUGUGGAAUGACAAAAUUCUCAGGAAGAAGUACCCUGGCGUGAUCUAUAUCCCUGAGCCGUGGGCAUUUUACACCCUGCACAUGAACAACCUCCAUGCAGCAAAGGAAAGUUUAUAAGUUUUGAUAUUUUAGAGUGAUUUGAAGAAAAAAAAAAAAUCUAGUUUUUCUAAUGUAGAUGUAUUUCAAAUAAAUUCCUGACC